CUUGUCGGACUCCGGACAUUGCAAAGCAAACAUCGUCAAUUCUAGUUGCCUUCAUCGAUAAAAAUUGCUUCCUCACUGCUUCAAGGCAUCGUCGUAUUUGUGCAGUUCGAGUAACGCUCAGCGCAAUCUACUUGCAGAGCAGUUCAUUUGUACAAACGGGAGUCCAAAAUGGUUUGGAAAUGUCACAUCUUCGCGAUUCUGUAUUGCGGAACUGUAUAUUUCAGAAAAGUCACUGUCUAUGCUUCUCGUGGUGGCAGUUGGAGCAAUUCCUCGCCACAAUCCAGUGGAAUAUUCAAUGGGAGAAUGUCGACGCCUUAUCACGGAGAUGAUGACGACAACGAUGUUGGGAUCGUCGGUACGGGUCGCGAGUUUGCUCUUUUUGGCGGUUCGCAACCAUUAUCAACGAAUCAGAAUAGUAACAGUGGUCCAGGGUCGACCAUUCGGAAUGUAAGCUCUCGUGACUUACCUUUCAGACCCGGCUCGAGUAGUACCUCCACGCCACCGCGGGUGAAUGGUCUGAAUAGCGCUCCCCCUUCGUCCUUCUUUAGCCCCAGCAGCAAUCGGAGAUCCCGUAGUUACAAUGGCCGAGGAGCGUCUUUUAAACGUGGGUCUAACCGAUCCUCUCAGAGCUUUUUCCAGCCCGUCGCGGACUGGUGGACUGCAUCGAUUUCACCAAAUGUUAAGAAUUGGCCCAAAAUUCAAUGUCGUGUGGAACCCACCACAACAUUGAAAAUUCGAAAAACCUUUCGUCCGCUCAAAACCGUCGUUCAACUCGGUGCGGACUUUAACACUCAGCUCGGGGUUUGGCAAUUUCGAUCUAGCUGGGAAGACGCCAUUAUUGGCGGCAAACUGACUUUAGCAGGUAGGGAACUGCAGCUUUCCAAGUCUUGGCAACUCAGCGUCGGGGCCGUCGAAGACCUGGUUACGCGCCUGCGUUUCCGGGCCGCGGUUGACUUACAAACCUGGAAGGCCUACGCCCGUGUGGGUUUUCGUACCGAGCGACUGUCGCCGAUAAACGUCAUGGAAGGUUUUACGCUUUUGAAGCAACUGCCCUUGGAUGGGAAUCACGGUCACGUCAAAUUAGAGGUCAAGGCCAAUUUCGCCCUUCCAGAACCUGAAAUUGAGUACAGUACUGAAACGCAACGCUCAUUGAUUGGAAUGGGAGACAUUGAAGUCAACAUUGAGGAGUUGAAUCUUGUUUUGGAUUAUUAA